AUGACGGGCUGGUGGAAACAGCUGAUGCAUCUGCCAGAUGACUUCAACGAGAUGGGCGUAGUACUGUCCAGAGUAAAUAACAGUUGUAGAGUGGCCUCCAGAGAACCUGUCAAUACAUUCCAGAUAGUGAACAGUAUCUCUGACAGAGAGGCCAAUAGCCCAGAUAGUGACCAUUCCUCCAUCAUACCUAACCAGACCAAAGUAUAUGAGCCAGAAGAAGUGCGUGUUCCUUCUCUUCCGGAGGCAGUUUAUGUGGAAAAAGGCUAUAUCACCCCACAGCAGGCGUACAACCUUCUGAAUGCAGAGGAAGGCCAGCCCGCCCUGUAUGAUCCCUAUUAUAUCCUCAUAUUAGACUGUCGCAGUGCAGAAAGGUACAACGACAGCCACGUGGUAACAGCAAGAGCCAGUGUGACAGUGAUCCACCCUGAACUGGGCUGUCUUAUCAGCUGUAUAGAGCUGCAGAAGUACUCCAUAAUACUGCUGUAUGCAGAGGAAGGCUGCAGCCCAGUGGGCAGUAAGAAGGCCAGGGAUGACUCCCCUGAUCUUCAGCGCUGCUUUUUUCAGCUCAGUGCCUUGGGAAUGGACCCUGUAAUCCUGCUGGGGGGUUUCUCAGCCUUUUAUGCCCUUUACCCUUUUCUUUGUACUCAACGUAUGGUCCUGUUGGAACCUGAACGCCACACCCUCACUAUAUACCCCUCAGAGAUCCUGGAGGAAGCUCUCUACCAGGGCUCUGCUGCCCAGGCUGCAGAUUAUCGCAUCAUUAAGAAUCUACAUAUAACCCAUGUAGUCAAUGCCACUACCAACUGCCCUGAUGCUUUCCCCAAUAUACUGAGUUAUCUGAGGCUGCGUCUGAGUGAUGAUGCCCAGCAGGACCUGGUGGAGGCACUGCCACUGGCGUCCAGGUUCAUCAACACGGUGCUGAAAACUGAGCCAGCUGGCCGUGUUCUGGUCCACUGCAGUAUGGGCAGAAGCCGCAGCUCAGCGCUAACACUGGCUUUCCUUAUGGAGCAUCGGCACUGGUCGCUGCUUCAUGCCCUGCGAUGGCUGAAGGAGAGGAGGGCAUGCACAGCACCUAAUGUGAACUUCCUGCGUCAGCUACUGACCUAUGAGGAGCAGCUGUUUGGAAGCAGACUCACCUCCCUGGAUGACAUCCGCCGAUGA